AUGACUGAGCCACCUCAUACCUACAAAGCUGCCGACGCUGCUACGCUCAAAGAAGCAGCUGAUACCUCUCUGCUUUCUUACGGCCCAUGUUUCCAUGAGGAGAUAAUAACCCGAGCUCAAGGUGUUUUUAUUUAUACCGUCACCGGCCGUCGCAUUCUGGACUGGACCUCGGGUCAAAUGUCGUGCCUGAUUGGGCAUGGCAACCCAGAAGUUGUCAGCGUCAUUCAUGAACAUGCUAGAAAUCUCGACCACCUUUUCAGCGGGAUGCUCUCGCCACCCGUCAUCAAUCUAGCCGCCGAGCUGAAGAAGCUCCUGCCGCGGGGGCUGGAGCGCAGCAUGUUCCUGUCGACGGGCGGAGAGAGCAACGAGGCAGCCAUCAGGAUGGCCAAAUGCGUCACGGGCAAGUGGGAGAUCGUCGGGCUCAGCGCCAGCUGGCACGGCAUGACGGGCGGCGCCGCCGGCGCGCAGUACCACUCCGGCCGACGAGGAAUCGGGCCCAUGAUGCCCGGCAACCUGAUGCUCCCCGCCCCCAACGCGUACCGCUCCAUCUUCCGCCACGCCGACGACACCUACGACUGGAAGACGGAACUCGACCACGGCUGGGCCAUGGUGGACGCCGCGUCCUCGGGCUCCCUGGCCGCCGUCAUUCUCGAGCCCAUCCUCUCCAGCGCCGGCAUGCACGUCCUGCCCGACGGCUACCUCGCGGCCAUGAAGGCGCACUGCGAGCGGCGAGGCAUGCUGCUCAUCCUCGACGAGGCCCAGACCGCAAUCGGCCGCGCAGGCGACAUGUUUGCGUUUCAGCACCCGAGCAACGCCGGCGUCGUCCCGGACAUCCUGACGCUGAGCAAAACCCUGGGCAACGGCCUGCCGCUCAGCGCCGUCGUGACUAGCGAUGGCAUCGCCGCCCAGGCUAAAGAAAAGGGCUUCCUGUUCCUGACGACGCACGUCAACGACCCGCUGCCCGCCGCCGUCGGCCUCAGAGUCCUGCAGAUCGUGCAGAGGGACGGCUUGGUCGAGCGGUCGCGCCGACUCGGCGAGCGGCUGCACGCCGGGCUCCGGGGGUUGCAGGAGCGGUACGGCUGCAUCGGCGACGUCCGCGGCAGAGGCUUGAUGGCAGGGCUGGAGAUCGUUUCGGACCGCGAGACCAAGGCGCCGGGCAUGGAACUGGCAGACAAGCUGGCCAGGAAGAUGCUUGCCCUCGGGGUGUCUGCCAACUUGGCGACUUUGGCGUCUUUUGGCGGCGCUUUCCGCAUCGCGCCGCCCAUCACCAUAUCCGAGGAGGAGCUGGAUCUAGGGUUGAGCUUUAUGGAGGAGGCGCUGAGGAACACGGAAGGGUCGAUGCCGACUGGCAAGUAA